AUGAGGAAACAUGGAUGGCAGCUUCCUUACCAUCCUCUCCAGGUGGUAGCUGCUGCUGUAUUUCUAGCAUUGGGGUUUUCCUUCUAUGUUUUCUUUGCUCCAUUUGUGGGAAAACAAUUGUUUCAAUACAUAGUGAUGGGGAUUUACACAACUCUUAUCAUAUGUGUCUUCAGCCUGUUCAUUUGGUGCGCUGCUGCUGAUCCUGCAGAUCCAGGAGUCUUUAGGUCCAAAAAAUAUCUUAGAAUUUGCGACAGCAAAAAGCAUGUCGGAUUGAACGAAUCUAAACUUGGUGCAGAAUCAACUUCUUCAAUACAAGAUGACUGUGCAGGCAUACCAGGAGAAAACGCUUUCGAUAAAAGUAAUAUCAGUAUCGAUAAAAGAGCUGAAUGUACUUCUGAAAGUGAUAAGAAGAACAUGCCGUCCCGUCAAGUCUCCUGCUUUAUGUCAAUCCUUGCUUUGUUACCUUGUGCUUAUGUAUGUAACUUAGAUGAAGAAUCUUCCGAACGACAAAUGAGCGAAGAUGGCAUGUUCUACUGUAGUUUGUGUGAAGUAGAGGUUUUCAAGUACAGCAAGCAUUGCAGAGUCUGUGACAAGUGUGUUGAUCGGUUCGAUCAUCAUUGCAGGUGGCUCAACAAUUGCAUAGGAAGAAGGAAUUAUCGAAAAUUCUUUACACUCAUGGUGUCUGCCCUUCUCCUGCUUAUAAUUCAAUGGUCGACUGGAAUCUUUGUACUCGUACGGUGUUUUCUCGAGAGAAAGAAAUACUCUGUGGACAUCAUCUCCAAGCUGGGAAGCAGUUUUACAGUGGUUCCCUUUGUGAUUGUUGUGGCAGUAUGCACCAUAUUGGCUAUGAUUGCAACCUUGCCGCUUAUUCAGCUGUUCUUCUUUCACGUUCUUCUCAUAAAGAAGGGAAUUAGCACAUACGACUAUAUUAUAGCUUUGAGGGAACAAGAGCAACUAGCUGCCGCAGGUCAGCAAAGUCCUCAGAUGUCUCCCCGGAGCUCUCUUACUGGUUUAAGCAGUGCAAGCUCCCUUAACACCUUCCACCGUGCUGCAUGGUGCACACCACCACGCUUUUUUGUUGAAGAUCAGUUUGAUGUAGUGCCUCCAGACAAUGUAUCUGUCAGUUCACUAGGGAGAAAGACAGUGAUGGAGGAAACGACCAAGAAAAAGAAUCCCGCAGCUGUAAAGAUCAGUCCAUGGACACUGGCAAGAUUGAAUGCAGAAGAGGUUUCAAAGGCUGCUGCAGAGGCAAGAAAGAAGUCGAAAAUUCUGCAGCCCGUAACAAGACGUGAUGGGUCACAUUCCCUUGAAACUGACGGUAGGUUUGGCAGUGGUGGACGUCGAAUGGCUCCCAGACCUGAUAAUAAUAGAAAACGGGGUAGCCAACGGAUUCGCCUUCCUACUGACAUGCCAUUUGAUCCCCACUUCAAGAUUUCAAAGGAAAAUGCAGAAAACAAUAGGGGUAAUGUGAUUCCUGAGACAUCAACUGGUUUGGUCUCUCUUCAACAAGAAGCUCGAAGUGCUUUUCGAACGAGCAGAGCUAUGCCUAGCUCAGCUCAUGUUGUUGCUUCUUCUCCGGAGAGUAGCUUAGAUUCACCCGAUAUUCACCCUUUCCGUGUCUCCUCAUCAGGAGCCGAAGAAGGACAAUUUGUUGGGCUGUCAACUUCUGGCAUGGCUUUUCGAAAGGCAAUCCCAUUCUCGAGAUCUACUAGUGAUGGAUAUGAACCAUCGGGUGGGGAAGACAGUGACCAAAUACCCUCCAGAAUUGUUCAGAGAUCGACUAACUGGAGUAGCCUUCUGUUUCCCUCAGAGCAUGACAGGACAGUCACAAAACAGAGUAUGCCAUCAUCUUCAUCUUCCUUGUCAAAUUACAGGAAAAUUUGA